GCAAAGCCCAGAAAAAUCAUUUUCUAUUUGGCAGUUUAUUCGAAACUCCCAAACUACUCUUCUCUUCCUUGCAAUCCCAAACUUUUUCCCUAUUCAAGAAAUGCAAGCGCAACCCUGCCUCGUACCCCCUGUGUAUGAGCCAGGACUUACUUCUAGUGAAUACUUUAGAAAAUGCCAGGAGGCGGGAUACAAUCCCGACUGGCCACGGCGAGGGCAAACAAUGGCUGAGUAUCUCCCUAACGCGAUUGGGCGCAUGUGGCCCCCAACAUGGUCUCGGGAGUUGCCUCGUAAACAAGCUGAAGGCUUAUUGUGUUUACUCUGGGAAAAUCUUCGUUAUAGAGGGAAACGGUUGCCCAAUGUAAUCCCAAAGCUUAGUCAACCUGCCUGGGUCACUCUGAUCCAGCCGGGUGAAUCUGUCGAGGAUUAUUUUGCUAGAAAGGGCCAACCAUUGGUGCAUCCCCGCCUGCCAUGUUUAAUCGUGAAAGGUGGCAUACGGGGAUCCUCCAGGCGUAGUCGUCAGAGGGCCCGUGCCACAGGGAAGCCCUGUUGGAAAGCGGGCGAGCCUCAUGAGGACUAUCUCCCGCUAGAACUGCUUACAUACGAGUCGGAGGAGUUUCCGGCUUCACGAGAUAAUAGUCCAGCAGCCUCAAGGCAAAACACUCCGGGAAUCCCGGAACGAGUUCAUACUUCUACUCCCGACCCGGAAUUGGCUCAAACACAGAGAGGCACAGCCGAAAAUGAAAAUAAGAGUGAGGACGUUUUGCGGAUUGUAAUACCCCGUUCUAUGCGCCCGAUUAAAUCCAUUACAAUUGUAUUCACUAUACUGGCUAUGUGUUUGUCGGUCUGCGCGGUUUCGAACCCCGUUCGUGAAAUUUCCUGCCUCGAAUUUUGCCGCGUUAUUUUGCCUCAUAAUUAUGUUACAUCAAUAGAUAAUAGUUAUAUUCCAUCAAUUAUUGGCAUCAUGUCUAAAAAGAAUUUGACUCAACACCAGCAAGCAUAUAUUUCAACAUUUGGGGAGCCAACUACAGAGGAAGAGAAAAAGGAGAUGAAUAAUCUUGUGGCUUCCUGGGAGAAAAUCCCGAAGAAGAAAUUUAAAGAUAACAACAAUAAUAAAGAAAAAAUCCUCGAAGAGGAUACUUCUUCUAAAAUCUUACCCAUAGCAACUCAAAUAGAAAAUGAAAAAUUAGCUGCUAUUCAACAACAGAAAGAAAAGGCAACAGACACUCAACAACAACCAAUCGUAAUGACAACGCUCACCCAACCUACGUUACAAUAUCAAUUUGCUCCAGCAGUUACUACAUUAGCUCAACAACAAAAUACUUCAACUACAGUGGGGCAAAGUAGCAUAUGUGGAACUUCAUCUUCCGCGCUCGUUCCUCAAAGUCUGCCACCACCGAAUAUACAGUUGGUGCCAGCCUUUCCACCACCAGCGAUUGAUGUGUCUGCUAUUCCUCUUGCUAAUGUUCGAGCGGAAGAGCCUGACGGUAGUGGCCGCCGUAGUCUAGAUAAUCGUUCGCGGCGUCCUUAUGCAAGAGGAGUUCCGGAGUCUGGACGUCGCCCAUACCGUCAGGCAUCUUCAAUCCGGGGUCUUGUUGAUAAUCAUCUCCGGGGUCUUCGUACCCGUGCCGAGCAAAUUGCUACCGCUGCCUCCACUGCUUUGACAGAAAUUGAAGAAGAAAAUCGAGAUGGAAGAGGAGAAGAAUAUACACAAGACUUACUUGCGAUUGAGGGCGCAACUGCCCGACUUGUCAAAUCAAUACGUACCGCAUUUUCUCGCCUUCCCCCUCGCUAGCUAUAUACCUUUUUUGUUGGGCGGGGAAUGUGCCCAAAGGGCACUUAAAAUCCCAUUUUAAUUUUAUUAAUUAAUAUUUUAACCUUUACUUCUUUCCCCGCUCAAAACACACUUUUUUACAAUUUUCUUUUCUCUCUUAAAAUCUAUUUGUUUACGCCCAUUUUUUACCCCUAUAUAAUGUUUUGGCCUACUCUCUUUAAUCACUUGCUUUACCGUCAUUUUUUAGUUGUUGUUUUCUACCCUUUACUUGCUUAUUUCUCACUUGCUUUUAUUGCCAGC